AGAAGGAAAGAAGAGAAGAAGGAUGUCCCGGGUGCCGGUGGGGAAGGUGCUGCUGCGGAACGUCAUCCGGCACACGGGCGCGCACAACAAGAUCCAGGAAGAGUCGGAGAUGUGGAAGAUCCGGGAGUGGGAGAAGCAGGCGGAGGAGACGUUCUGGCGGCGGCGGAGCAAAGUGCUGUCGGACUCCUCCAGCAGUCGGAUGCGCAGUGAUGGCUUUGAUGAGGAGGGCCACAGGGCUGACUGGAAAACAAAGAACUCCCGUUUUCUUAACCCAGUUGAAGAUGAUCUUUUGAGAGCACGGUCGUGGAAUAAAAAGCUCUACGAAUGUGAAGCCAACAUGCCAGACAGAUGGGGCCACAGUGGCUAUAAGGAGCUGUACCCUGAAGAGUUUGAUACAGAUAGUGACCAGCAAGAAGGAGACAAACAAAAUGCUGUCAAUGGAAAGAAGAAAUCUCAUCUGAGAAAACAAACAGCUCAUGAGUUACACAAACGGAAAAAAACAAAGAAAUCACACAAGAAAAAGCAAAAAAAGAGAUCGCACAAAAAGAGAAAGAAAAAGGAGCAGGGAAGGUCAUCAUCAGAUUCUUCCAGGGAGAACGAAUGCUCUGAAGAAGAGACUUCAAGCACUCAGAAAGGGAAACACAGGCGCAAGAAAAAGACCAGGAAAGUGCCUGCUAGGGAACCUACCUCUUCCUCUGAGCAGGAAAGUGACUUUUCCCAUGCAAGCUCAACCACCAGCAGCUCUGAGGACAGUGAAUCUGAGGAGAAAAAAGAGAAACGCUUCACUAAAAAGAGAAAGAAACGUCACAACUCUGUGUCAGAGCGGCACAGUGAAGUAGCAGAGAAGAGGAGCAAGAGAAAGAACUGGAAAGUGGCCGCUGACGAGAAGUCGGAGGAGAGCUCAGAGGAGGACUGAUGGGGAGAUGCUGAGCUCGGGCUGCAACUGACAACGCGAUAGAGGACAGAGGCAGGUAUUUUUCUUUCAGCACUGUGGUUUAUACAUCCUGCCAUCUGCAGGGGAGAUGCUGAGCCCUGGCAGCCAGCUGUAGCUUCCCCCCUGCUUUUCACUGUUUUGAUAGUCAGGAAAGCAGGGGAGCAAUUACCUGUCUUGCACAUUGGCUAGUUCUGCCAACUUCAGAUUUUCUUUAUAUGACUGGGUUGGUUGUUGAUGAACAAAAGUGUUACAGGCUGUCUGCAGGGGAAUGAAUACAGGCAUGUUUGCACCAUUUUAUUUUUUUAAAUUAAGUUUUAACAGUUUGGAGUUGUUGGUUUGUUGGGUUUGGUUUUUUUGUUACCCAAGUCAUGACCAAAUGACCAAUAAGAGUGGGGAGAGACAAGAAGUCCAUCAGCUGAGUUGCUAACAAAGGAAAUGUCACUGGAUUUAGCCCUUUGGUAGCUUUGUUUUCCCCUCUCCAGCAGAAGACCUGUAUGGCAUCGUGCACAGGUCAGUGGGGCGCAGAAGGGAGCGUGAGGGAAUGCUCUCCUUCAGCAGAAGAUGCACUGACUCCUUCCGUAGUCAUGAAGAGAGGACACCAGAGUGAUUGUUUCAGACUUCUCUCCAGCUCCUGGCAGCGCUGGGUUGUGCCCGGUUCUCCUGGGGGUACUGAACCUGUGCUGGCAGAGAAGCCUCGGUGGGUGUUGUGUUCUGGCUCUGGUCUGCCCGAUGCAUUAAUGAGAUUGGUACAGAAUGGCUUUCCCUGCAGGUGACAGCCAAGCCUUGUUUUCACCAGAUCAAUAAAUGAAGAUGCGUUUGA